AUAAUUCCGCGGUCACGCUGCUCACCGUACUCCACGCUCAAAAAUGGAAGAAAAAGUCUCGCCAAGAUUCGUUCUGCCGUCUCCCAAAUUCGCAACGACAGAAAAGGAAGCAAACAAGACAACGAUGCACUACUUGACGCCCAGUGGGAUGACACUGCUGCCACGCGCCAAGCAGCCCCCGCCGAUGUACGGCGCACGAGGCAGCACAGUUCCAGCCAAAUAUUUGGAGCAGAGCACGAUUACUUCCUUGCCACAAGCUCCACCAGUUUACAAGUCCCCGCCUCGCCCCGAGCACUGCCACAACUGUGGCAUGGAAUUGGCAAACGCUCAGGACAUGAGGCGACACUUGGAGCAGCACGAGGCAUGUCCUGCAGAAGGUUGCGACUUUGCCGCCCUGCACAACAUCGUGGAGCAUCAUAUUGAAGCUAACCACAUAACUGGGGUGUAUCAGAAAGUGAAAAAGUUAUGGACCCCCGAAGACACAGCUGCCUGGAGGGCAGAGCGUAGAAAAAAAUUUCCCACGGCAGCGAAUGUGGAGCUGGCCAAGCGUGCCAAGGAACAACGACUGAAACGUGGAGAGCGCUUGGAGGCGUCAAAAUCUCGAUUUGGUAGACGCGAAGAUCGACAGCGUACGCGACCCAACAACUCUCAAGAAAAGCGACCCAGGUCUAGCAAAAGGGCUCAAGGCAAGAGCCAACACGUGAACCAGAAGAAUGAUGAGGAAAGCAUUCGUCAGAAUACAGAUGCCUUAGAAGAGGACACUUCCUGUAUAAGUGGAACUGGCGUGCCCAUGUUUCGUGGAACGGGACAGAUGGUGAACUACGAGCAUUCCAAAGACAACGGACAGCAGAAUAAAAAUGCUCUAUGUGGCCUCUUGGGAAUGUAUGGCUCGGGUAGUGAAGACAGCGAGAUUGAGUCUGAGGAAAACAAGCAAUGGCAGGGGCAGAGAAGUCCCCAACGGGAGACAGAGUGCAGCACUGUGAAGAAUGAAAUUUCAAGGGAUGAUCCGUUAGUCCCAAAUACAGUUGUCCAAAUGAACUCCUUUGAAACUAUCGAGGAGUGUCCCAUGAGUUCUGAGGAUCUGAUCAAGGAAAAUUACAGCUCUUCUGAGGACGCACCCGAUGAAGCGCCCAUUCAACGUGUAAUCGAAUCAAUAGCCGAGCCGGCUAUACACCCAACUGAAUUCAUAACACCGAAACCUCGACCCUCCCCAAAACCAACGGCUGCGAAGGCACAGAAGCGUUUUUCUAGCCUUAACUACAAGCGAGCUCGUAAAACGACAAAACCGAACACAAUGCUCUCCAAGUUGUUGGCCUCCGAUAUUCGGCAUGAGCGCAAUGUCCUGCUGCAGUGCGUACGCUAUGUGUGUGAGAACCAAUUCUUUGGCAUCGGAGCAAGCACCAGGGAGGAUACAGAAAAGGGAAUAAUUUUGCCUAGUCAGAUGUAAUUAUUAUUCUUAUUCUGCCUACAAGUACUUGUGUUAAGCAGAGGGUAUCGAGUUUAAGUUUCUUUUUUUUUGACUAUCUAUUAGAACAGAACAAUAAAAUAUCACGCUGGAAACAUGUCUCUCCGUGAGGUUCAGGCUUUCUAACAUU